AUGUCUGAUUCCAACAGAACCAACUUCACCAACCCCUCCACCUUCAUCCUGCUGGGUAUUCCUGGCCUGGAGGCGGCCCAUGUCUGGAUCUCCAUCCCCUUCUGCACCAUGUACAUCAUAGCCAUCUUGGGGAACUUCACCAUCCUGUUCAUUGUGAAGAGGGAGCCGAGCCUCCAUGGGCCCAUGUACUAUUUCCUCUGCAUGCUGGCCUUCAGUGACCUGGUCCUGUCUACAUCCACCCUGCCCAAAACUCUGAGCAUCUUCUGGUUCAAUUCCACGGAGAUCAAUUUCAGUGCCUGCCUCACCCAGAUGUAUUUCAUUCCCUGCUUCUCAGUGAUAGAGUCUGGGAUCUUUGUGGCCAUGGCUUUUGAUCGCUAUGUGGCCAUCUGCGAUCCCCUGAGACAUUCCACCAUCCUGACAAACCCCGUAGUUGCCAAAAUUGGCCUGUCCGUGGUGCUGCGUGGUGGCGUGCUUGUACUGCCCUAUCCCUUCCUGGCAAGUCGGUGGCCAUAUUGUAGAACCAUAAUUAUCCCCCACUCAUACUGUGAGCAAAUGGCCGUGGUGAAGCUGGCCUGUGCUGACAUCCGCGUCAGUAGUUACUACGGCCUCUUUGUGGCAUUAAUGGUGACGGGUUUGGAUGUGUUUUUUAUCGCCGUGUCCUAUAUCCAGAUCCUCAGAGCCAUCUUCAGCCUCCCCACAAAGGAUGCCCAGCUCAAGACUUUUCGGACCUGCGGCUCCCACCUCUUUGUCAUUUUAGCCUCUUACAUCCCAGCUCUCUUCUCCUUCGUCACGCACCGGUUUGGCCACAAUGUGGCCAUACAUUUCCACAUUAUCAUGGCCAACGUGUACUUGCUCGUGCCCCCCAUGCUGCACCCCAUCAUCUAUGGGGUGAGAACCAAACAGAUCUGGGACAGGCUGCUCCACUUACUUACUUAUAAAGGGACCUAA